AUGGAAAGAGCGUUUUGCGAUCAAGUAAUGACUGGGGAUUGUUGCUGGCCUGAUUUUUGUAGCAUUGGAAUGCUUCUUCAUGUGCUCUUUGUGGCUGGUCCUUUGGAUUUUUGGUAUUGGAUUCGAUCCAGUCUGAAGUCCGUGAAUGGUCGCACUGUUGUUAUUACGGGUGGUGCGUCUGGUAUUGGUAAACGAUUAGCUGAAUUAUUCGCCAUACGUUUGGGUGCCAAAGUUGCUAUUUUGGAUAUCAACCAACAUGGUGCGCAGGAGACAAUGGACAACAUUGUUCAGAAUGGUGGCAUUGCGCAGUGUUGGAAAUGUGACAUAAGUCAGGUAGAAGAGGUGAAUGAAUGCGCCCAACAAAUUACUGUCGCAUUUGGAAAUGUUGAUAUUGUAAUUUGUAAUGCAGCUGUUCUAUAUAUCGGAGGGAUGUUGGAUUUGACGACAUCUCAACUCCAAAAAUCGCUCGACGUCAAUGUAAUGGGAACGAUCAACACAAUUCGGGCAUUUCUUCGCUCGAUGGAACAACGAAAUGAAGGACAGAUAGUUGCAGUUUCGUCAAUUGCUGGUUUCUGCGGUGAAACGAACGGUAUUGCGUAUUGCAGUACGAAAUUUGCCAUUAGAGGUGUAAUGCAGUGCCUGGAAAUGGAAAUGAAGGACAGAGGUCUGAACGGUAUACGAUGCACAACAGUGUGUCCAUACUUCACACGAACACCGAUGAUUCUGAAUUUGCGAAUGAGGCCCACAUCCAUAUGGUUGCCAUUCAUGUCGGUUGAUCGCUGCGCAUGCGAAAUUGCAGAUGCGAUCCUGAGAGAGAAGAACAUCGCAUUCGUCCCAUAUUAUGUUAGCAUCAUUGCACAGUUGAAAGGGUUACUACCGGAACGUGUGGAAAAUGCUUGUCGAGAGUAUCUAAAUUGUCGCUAUGAACCGCUGAAAGACGAAGAAAUGGAAAGGAAAGAGAUAACAAUUGCUAAGAAAACGGAUUACUUUAAAGAGCUCGACGCUGGCAAAAAAUAUGCACUGCUUACUGCUUAUCUCGUAUUAAUGGCCAGUUUUCUGCUGAUGGAGGGUGCCUUACAAAACGUGCUACAAGCACUGCUACUCCUCAUCACUUCAUCGAAUCUCGUGCUGGCAAUUUAUGCAUUGCAUGUUUGCGAUCAAUUGCAGUUCUCAUUUCCUUGUAAAUUUCGAUGGUUCAUGCAAACUUUCUGUUUCGGUUCUGUUUCUUUUUUGCAACUUUGUCGUUUUCGGUAUCUCUCCGGUAAGAAGGAUUAUGUUGGGUGA